UAUAAUUUCAGUUUCAGAUUAUAUACUGUUGAUCAUGAUAUUGAAAUUAUUAUUGUUGUUUACUUUAGUAUGGGUUUCUGCGGAGCACAGUGGCUUUUAGUGCUCACGCCCUCACUCUUUUUUCUCUUUUUUCAGAUUAGAGGGUCGGACCAGAGGUGUGAGCUCAACUUGGUGGUUGUGGUCGUGGACUUGGCUCAUUUGCCAUUCUUGUGGGAUUUUAUACAUUUCAGGCUGUAUAUAUAUUAUUACGCCACGAGUAUUUACUUCCGCAUGCUUUUCA